AGUUAUGAAAUGGCCAAAAGAUAAUCAUGGAAAAGAAAAGAAAAAAAAACAAAACCUCAAGAUCUUUAGUUAGACACAGUUUGGAAAUAUCUGAAGCAACGGAACUGGAACAAGGACCCUCAUAACUUUUGGCUUUUGUUUCUACCAAUCUGACGUCAUACAUGGCUACUGAUGGCAAUGAGCUUCAGGUUCCCUUGCGUCAGAAGCAGAGAAAGAAAACUCAAGGUUUCUUCAGCAUGAGUCGAAGGAGGAUAUCGUGUAAAGACCUGGGACAUGCUGACUGCCAAGGGUGGCUCUAUAAGAAAAAGGAGAAAGGAACUUUCCUAGGCAACAAAUGGAAAAAGUUCUGGGUGGUCCUGAAGGGAUCGUCACUGUACUGGUACGGCAAUCAGCUGGCAGAAAAAGCCGACGGAUUUGUUAACCUGCCUGAUUUCACUGUAGAGAAAGCGUCUGAAUGCAAGAAAAAGCAUGCUUUUAAGAUCAGUCAUCCACAGAUCAAGACCUUUUAUUUUGCUGCUGAGAAUGUGCAGGAGAUGAACCUGUGGUUAAACAAAUUGGGAUUAGCUGAAAUCCAUCCUGAAUCUACUUCAAAGGAUGAAGAAUGCUACAGUGAGAGUGAACAGGAAGAUCCUGAAAUAGCUGUCCAGACACCAUCCCUUCAUCACUCUGCGGAGAGUCUCUCUCCUUCGGCUGCACGUCAGGCCUCUUCGUCUUCAGCCAAAUUGAGUGAAACAUCACGUUCCUUCUCUUCCAUGGAAAACAUAAAAAAGACUCCCAGCAGUUUGUCUUCCUCCAUAUCGAGAGAAAGACAGUCCUGGAUUGACAUGGUUAGCAGCUCAUCCGCCACUGAAGAUACGGGACAGUCUGUGAUGUGUGCUGUGCAGUUGCUCUCACCUGCCCCCCCAGAGGCGAACGGUCGCGGGGCCCUGGAAAACAACGCUGAUGCAUCAGAAAGUGGAUUUUUGAACUCUCUAUCGAGUGAUGACACUUCUUCCUUGAGUAGCAACGUCGACCAUCUUACCGUCCCAGACAAGCCUACUGGAUCAAAGAUGACGGACAGAGACGAGACAAAAGCAUCUGAAGAUGAUGAAAUGGAGAAGCUCUACAAAUCGUUAGAGCAAGCUAGUCUGUCUCCUCUUGGGGACCGACGACCUUCAACCAAAAAGGAGCUGAGAAAGUCCUUUGUCAAGCGGUGCAAGAAUCCAUCCAUAAAUGAGAAACUCCACAAAAUACGAACUUUGAAUAGCACGUUAAAGUGUAAAGAACACGACCUGGCCAUGAUUAACCAGCUACUGGAUGAUCCGAAGCUGACAGCCAGAAAAUAUAGGGAGUGGAAGGUCAUGAACACCCUGCUGAUCCAGGACAUCUAUCAGCAACAUCAGCAGAGGCGAACCCCCACCUCUGCCUCCGAAGGCUCCCCCAAGAAACCACCUUCAUCUUCCCGCCUUGAAAAUUCUAUCUGAGAACAAGCCAGGAUGCUCUCCCCUCCUGUCUUACCCCUCAGGCAACUCUUCAAGACGUUGCGAUAGCUUCACAUUUUUCCUUGUAAAGGAAAACUGAAACCCAGUUCCUGGAAACACCAGCUCCUCCUGGAGGGAUGCGGUUGGGAUGAAAACAAACAAUGAUGCUGCCUCACCAAUUCCAGUGCUCCCAUCAGACUGGAGGGAUGGAGUUCAGCUGAGAAAUCUGUGUCUGUGUUCCUUCUGGGACCGCUGCUCACACUGGAUUCUAGGUGGGAUGUGAAACACAUCUUCUGUUUCUUGUUCUCAAGAGAAGGACAGCAUUCCACGGACAAAAGAUCACUUUUGGCCAGGGAUACUUCUUCAUAGAAAUAUUCCGUUUUCCAAAAGAAGAAUGUACAUAUUCUAUCUGGUUGGGUAGCUGAGUUCCCCAAAUCACCUUUUGAGUGGAGGAAUGCUUUCUACAGAGCACCCGGAGCAGGACAGAUGUGGUAUCAUGGAACCCAAGUUCCUUGCCUUUGGUCCAGAAUGGUGGUGCCUUUCCCACGUGUUGAGAAAUGCUUCAUAGCAAAUGGUGUAUGGGAACGCUCAAGAAGGAGACAUGUUCUGUAUUCUACUCAUUCAAAGGACAGCUUAAUAUUUUCACACUUUAUCCGGGUUGGGGUAGGGGACCAGAUUCAUGUGUCCUUUCCACAGAACAGCUAAAGACAACUUUCUCAUCACACUUGGACACUUCUGUUCUGACCUAAGCGUUUCUGAACCAGGACAUAGUAAUAACAUCCAGCGAGGAGUGUUUGCUGCCAUUGCCCUUGGUUGUGGUAGCUAUGCGUGGUAUAAAUGUACAUCCAGGGAGUUCCCUGGUGGUUCAGUGGCUAGGACUCCAUGCUCUCAGUGCUGAGGGCCCAGGUUCAAUCCCUGGUUGGGGAAUUAAGAUCCCACAAAAAGCACAACAUGGCCAUAAAAUAAAUGUAUAUCCAUGAUCCCCAGGAUCAAUAUUGACAAGGUGAUUCUGGUGUCUGAAACUUUUAGUAUCUUUACUCCAAAAAAAAAAA